AUGUAUAAUAGUCUUCGAACAACAAUCGCUUCCUUGAGGCACACCAAUCACCCAGACGUAUUGUCUGUAGUUCAACGCAAACGCAGAGAUAUUCGACAUGCUGUCACGCACGUAUCCAAGUCUGUCCACGCCCUGAGCGAUAUGUUAGCUAUCCAUCAAGAGUUUGAUAACGCUUGCUACCAUGAGGCUGCCGACAGAAUGCGAGUUUGGGCCAUAGAUAUCAUAACUGAUAUUCGAUUGAGAUUCAGCGCUCUCCAGGAAAAUGACGACCUGCCGCCGAAUACUGCAGAGGUCAAAUAA